AGAGAGUAUACAUGUUUACUGAUUUCGUAUAACACCUAGACCGAUAUGUACUGACGGGAAAAGACAAUUCGAAUCAUGGCUGAUGCAUUAAAGAAUGUCAUUGCUCAGAGUCUCGAGUGUCCUGUAUGUCUGGAUACCUUCACCGAUCCCAAGAUCCUGUCUUGUUCUCACACCUACUGCAAGGCCUGUCUGGACAACCUCUUGGAAUGCCAUGGUAACGACCAGAUGCUCCGAUGCCCUGUCUGCAGAGCUGAAACCCAGGUCCCAAACCGAGAUGUCAGCAAAUUACCGGCAAGUCUAGCUUUGAAGUCGCUCAUAGAGGACGUGAAGAAUCAUCGUCAGUUUUGCUCGAAUUGUAAAUCCGAGGACAAGCCGCAAGCUGCUGUCUACUGUCAAGACUGUGGCAAGUAUCUAUGUUUCACUUGCCAUAACAACCACUCUCAGUGGCAAGACUUCAUCAGUCAUGAGGUCUUACCCAUGAGUGAGAUCGUAUCAGGUAAGGUGUCAGUACGUAUAGAUACCGUAAAUGCAGGAACACCCCAAAGAGGAUGA